AUGCAUAAUGAACCUGAGUGGGGGCCUAUGUCAGAACCAUGCCUAAUAGGUAAUAAGGGGGUUACAGAAGGGCUUAGCUUCAGCUCAUGCACUGCACUCCUUAUGCAAGUACAGGCCCUUGACUUCAGAGGGCAGAGAGGAGACUCAGUGGAGGUCAACUCUGACAUGCUUGGGAUAAGGCCACAAAAGAGGGGCCCAAGCCAGUACGACGACAAGAAGGGGAUGAAAUUCACUAUACUCUUCACACCUCUUCAGCCACUUGACCCCAAGUGUCGAAAGAAUGCAAAGUUGACCACCACUACAGAGAUAGUCUAUGUCCAUGAAGACAUGUCCAUGAAGGACAUGAUUACCAAAGUGCAGGAUGUGAGAAAAGUGGAGGUGGCACUCAAAUUACUCAAACAGAAGGUUAUCACUGGCGACAAUCCAACCAAAGACAAGCAAGAUGAAGAAGACAAUGAGAACCCCCAAAAGAAACAAAAACAGUGUGUGCCAUCAACAGAGGAAAUAGCACAAGGCCAGCAUGUCGUCAACCUGCAAAACAAAUAUCACUGUGAAGACCGAGCCUGCCCAUAUGACAUAUGUUAUCCCUCAGGUCCAACUGCCAAGCAUGAGGCUAAUACAGUCGGAGUUGAUAUUGAGCAUCCUCCGAACUCAAAAAUCUUCAAUCCAACCAACCAUGAUAAUGAUGAGGAUGAUAUCACAGCUCUUGCACAAAGACGACAUGCACAGCUGGCAGGUCAGGAUCACAAUAAUCAAUCCAACAUUACUGUCAACUUCGCUGGGCUAGCCAAGCUAAUCUGA